AUGCUUGCAACGACUCUACGCCGCGCUCUGAGCCAGCCGUGCGUAGUGCGCAUACCGCGACGCUUUACGUCCACGUCCACGUCCACGUCCACCUCGGCGGCGCCCCGCUCCGCUCUGAGGACAUUGGGCGCACUUUCGGCGUACACCACCAUCGCCGUCGCUGCAUACACCGUGGGCUCCCUCUACCCGCCCGACCUUGCCACGCUCAUCUCGCCCCGCAGCGCGCCCCCGCCCCUCCACCCCGAGGACCCGCAGCACAUCGCGUACGUCGCCGCCCUCGACGACGCGCUCCAGACGCUCCCCGCCCUCGCCGCCGCCCGCGCCCGCGCAGACGCCGCGGACUGGUACGAGACCCGGCCGUACCUGAACCUCCCGCCCGAGCGCCGCGUCAACAGCCUCACGGGCGGCGCGCUCAGCGGGCCGGGCAAGCUCGCGAUCCCCCCGCUCGUCCGCGCGAAGCACGACAACAGCGAGGCCAUGGUGUUUGUCCACGUCGGCCGCGGCGUGUGUGGGCACGAGGGGAUCGUGCACGGCGGGAUGCUGGCGACGCUGUUGGAUGAGAUCCUCGGGAGACAGGCGCUGCUGAACCUCCCGGACAAGAUUGGUGUCACUGCGUACCUCAACCUCAACUACCGUGCACCGACGCGUGCAGACCAGUUUCUAGUCAUCAAAACGCGCCUGGUAGAGGCCAAGGGCCGCAAGGCGAAGGUCGCGGGCCGGAUAGAGGAUGCGCAGGGUAACGUCCUUGUGGAAGCAGAGGCGCUCUUCAUCCAGCCGAAGUACGCAAAAGUGCUGAACACGCAGAGAAUGCGCGAGAUGAUGGGCGAGCCGGGCGACUCGCGGGAGCCGAUGACGGAGGGCGUCGUCGCACCUGUGCCAGUCUCUCUGCCGGGAGGCCCGAUCGCGUGA